CCUGUCAGCAGGUGCGUGAACGCAGCGCGCACCUGUCACUCAUUAGGAGUCUGACGUGUCCAGUCAAACCCUGACUUUAAUAAACAACAUGCUUUGCUUUGCUACAAUUACAAAGACAAUGAACUCCUUACAGUUUUCGUUGAUCCUUUUCAUACUAGUGCCUCACACUAUAUCGUUUGGACGUUGCGAUGAUAUUUCCUUCUCAAUAUGCUGGAUGAGCAAAAACGAUGUUCUGGAAAGGAGGAAUGGAAACAUAUGGCUCAAUGACACAGCACUAAAAUCCAUCAGCAAGGUGGGUAAAGUUACCUCGCUGACGGUGUCCCAAGCUGUUGAAAACAAGCUCACCCUUCAGUAUGGAGGUUCUGUUCAGGCAUGGACUUUUAGGAUCAGCCCACGUACAAAGUUCACUGAAAUCCGAGGCCAGAAGAAACCUACAGAGCAACCAACAAGUGCCACGAAGGGCUUCUUGGAGAUGUUGAGUCCCUCGGAGGUGUUUGCAUGUGAAAAUGGAACAUUAUUCUUCCACCAGGAUGAAAACUUCUUCCUUGCAAUUGGCCACACGAGGCGUCUCCCUGUGAAGCUCGAGUCCAGGACCCCCUCCAUGUUGCUGGUGUCGUGGAUGUUGAGCGGCCCAGCAGCCACCAGCAGCCACACUGUGACCCUGUUUCACACGGAGCUGGGCUCCUACAGCGCUCUCAGCGUGGACUCCACCUCCAACAAUCACUACCGCUUCACAGCUCUGGAGUCCUGCAGCAGAUACGUGGCCUGUGUGGAGACGGCAGGCGCUCACUGCUUCACCUGCCUCUCCACCAUCACCGACCCAGACGCUCCCAAAGGCUUCGAUGUGACGUCCUGGAACAGCAGCAGCAUCUCGCUGGCCUGGGACUGCCCCGACAACGACAAGUUCUCCUUCUUCCUCCUCACCAUCUUCUACCUCGGUGGGGAGGACCACAUCACAGAUGAGGUGAUCUUCUGGCCCAAGGACGACAACCUCGUGUUCACCUUGUCUGACCUGGAGCCCUGCAGCAGGGUUAAGUUUGGCCUGCAGACGGUUUGCCAGGCGGGGAUUGAGACUCGCUACAGCAAGAUGGUCCUGAACGAAGGAAACUCUGCUCACUCCAACAUCCAGGCCUUACGUCAGACAUCGUUUGGCUCUGACAACUACACCCUGAGCUGGGAGGUGAGGAACACCUCGUCCAUCUCCAGCUUCAGAGUCUACCAUGAGGGGGCGCUUCAGGGCAGCACGCUCCUCACCAACUUCAUUGUGGGGGGGCUGCUGCCUUGCCAGCAGUACCAGGCCAUGGUGGAGGCGGUGUGUGGAGACGGUGUGCUCAUGAGCGACCAGACGCUCACCACACACACAGGAUCUCGUGGUGUGUCUGAGCUCACAUAUCGCUCCAUCGACUCCACCGCCCUGUGGACCCCCCACUCCUCGCACCAGCCAGCUUUGGCCUUUAUAUAUGAACUGUCUCUGGAGAACGGCACCAUCAUCCAGAGCAGCCGUGUCAACGGCUCCGAGCUGCGCCUCCCGGGGCUGGAGGAAGGGACGACCUACGUCCUCGACGUGUGGGAGGAAUGUGCCGGACACUGGGAGUCGGAACACGCUCAUGUGUAUUUCGAGGGAACCAAUUCAUCCCUCGAGCUCCUUGUGCGGGCCGUCCCACGUGCUCUGGACUCCUCUGAAGAGCUGUCGGACCCCAUCAGCAUGUAUCUCACGAUGGUCGUGCCCUGGUCACAGCCUGAGGAACUACAGGAGGAGGGGUCAGAACCCAGAAAUAAAAUGGAGAAGAUUUUCAAAGAUAAGCUGCAGGAGCUGUUGAAGGACUUCUCUCAGCCGGCCCGUGUGGAGCUGUCCACCAUCGAACCUGCAAUCGAUCCGGACGAGACGGCGGUUCUGUUUGAUACUUUUGAUGCCACGAACACUAAAGAGGACGUUCCCCUGCUGGUCGAGGAUCAGCUGGAACACAUUCGCUCCCUGAAUACAGAAAACAUCUCCAUUAGAGAUGGGGUCAUUCACUGGGACGGUCCAGAUCUUUGUGGUUCCUUCAAGCAAACUUUGUGUGAUCGUAACUCUCUGUGCAUCAACACUUUGGGCUCGUACACCUGUGUUUGCCGACAUGGCUUCUACGAUGGGAGCUCUGUGUUCGAGCCUGUUGCCACUUCACAUCCCGUCUGCAACGAGAAAGGUCUCAUCAGCCGAUGUCUGAACAAAUGGGCGACUGGUGGAAUAGCAAAACCCUACCUGAUGUCUUACUUCGGGGGAAAGGUUGAUGUGAUUCUGAACGAUGGGCGGUGCGCUGUGAAUGAAAGUGAAAUGUUCUACUUCUUCCGCACUUCACGAAAAGCCUCUGAAUGUGGAACUGAGAGGCGGGUGAACAACACCCACAUCGACUUCCAAAACACUCUAACUGUGACUUUGACCACAGAGAAAAUCAUCAGCAGGCGGGAUCUAAAAGUCGUCUGGAAAUGCGUCUACCCGCGACAUUAUAUUCGCAACGCUCAACUCAGUGUGGACAUGGAGUGGCUCUCCUCCAUCUUCCUGGUGCAGGUCAACUCGUCGGUGCCGCUGGGCCUGACCAUGACCCUGUUCACUGAUGGCUCGUACACCGACAGCUACAGCGACGCUGUAACAAAGGAGCUUGAGGACACCCUGUUCUUCCAGGUGGCCCUGCAGACCAACCACUCUUUUGCUUCAGAUUUGCUCCUGCAGGUGGAGUCGUGUUGGGCCACCGAGGGCACCGACCCACAGGAGGCCGUCCAGGGAGUGUUCCUCCAGGAUGGCUGUGCUGUCGACCACACGUUCCACUGGCUCUCUGUUAACGGCCGGUCACAGACCAGCAGAUUUUCCAUGCAGAUGUUCACGAUGCCCAGAGGGCUGCCGCUGUACAUUCACUGCCUGACCAACAUCUGUGCACACGAUGAAGACUGUUCAAAGAAUUGCAGCAGCCAGCAGCGCGUCAAGAGGUCAGCGAGCCGAGAGAGGAAACGAGCUGCUGUAGUGUCUGCAGGACCGCUGCUGGUCAACAGGACGUCGGCGGUCCCAGCAGUACUGGGCAGAUCACAUGACAUCGAUCUCCAUCGUGGCCGGUUUAAUAGGCAUUCUGGGAGUAACUGUGCUCUCAGUGAGUGCGAUCAAAGCCAUCAUGACUUACUAUGAGCGACUACGGCUGCAAUAAAGUGUUUGGAAAACCA